UUUAGCAGGCUAGCCAGGAUUGGCUACAACAAGCACAGACGUCUCUAGUGAACUCACUCAUUUUGGAAGUGCAAGUGUAACCCAGUGACUAUAUGGAUCAGUAAGUGGAUUUCUCCUCGAGCGAAUGGCUGCCUGCCCAUCUGGACGUGCACGUAAAGCCCAGAUUACACAGAGUAAUGGUGAUGCAGCAGGGGUCAGUGAGAGGGGAGCAGACAGAGCUCCUCGCCAGUCUGAGGCCACGUGUUGGAGAUUGAUGUACAGUAGAGCUCAGGAACCUGCUGUGACCAAGUAUCGCUUUAACUGAUCAACCUACUCGCUUAACAGAUUUCCUAGAGAAAGCAUUUUGGUCUGAUAGGAACAGAUACAGCAGGGCCAUCAAGGCAGUAUAACAGGUUGACAGGUGAUACAAGUGAUCUGACGAAGGAAAACUGGGGAGUGUUUCUCGAUUUUACUGGAUUAAUGGAAUUUUAUGAGGGCUGUAGAUGCUGGUGUGACGAUAACUGAGUAAACAUGUAUGGUUUUAGACUGGGUCUUUUUCUUCUGAUCACUACAGUGGUGACCGCUGAGGUGCAGCUACAGCCUCUGAAUGCAGCGGUGCUCCGUGGGUCGAAGGCUCGGUUCAACUGCAGCACAACUCAGCCCCCAUCCGUCAUGACCUGGAUGGUCAACGGGCGCUUGGUUGUCACCAUUCUGCAAGCAUCUGAGGUGUUUAACAGCACAGAUCGUUAUUCUGCCACAAAUUUCACCACGCCUGGAAAUUACAGAUGGGAGAUUGUAAUUAGCAAUGUGCAGAGAGAUGAUGCGGGUGAAGUCACCUGUCAGGUUUUGGGUGGAGCGGCUAGAAUGGCCACACUGUCUGUACAAGAGCGCGGCAGCGUGGAGAUCGUAGGUGGAAAUCAGACCAAAACGGAAGGAGCUCAGACGGAGUUUCAGUGCCGGGCCGUGGGCUGGUUUCCUGAACCCAACGUGUCCUGGUCUGUUAAUGGAGUGGCAUAUUCCUGCAACACAAGCUCUGUAGCACAGGGAAAUCUGUUUAACUCCAGCUGCACGCUGGCGGUCACUGCCGUCAAAAACUCUUCUGUUCAGUGUCUGGUCAAGAUACCAGCCCUGAGCACACCGGACAGCAACACUGUCUUCCUGACCGUUGAAAAGCUUGCUAAAAGAGACCAGACUGUGUUGAUCGCUGUCACUGUGGCCUUCAGUGCUGCGGCUCUAUUGUUUCUAAUCAUCUACGGAAUUGUUUUCUUCUGCAAGAGAAGGAAGAAAAAGUCAAGCUACCAGGAGGAACUCAGGAGGGCACAAAUCCAGUCCCAGAAUAGGACCCCUGCCACAGAAAAUGUGCGAGGAUGGGACAACCGAGGAUAUAUUGGAGACGGGCAUGAUGGACACGCCAAUGGAGGAGUCUGGUACACAAACCACUCUAACAAACAUCAGGCGCCUGAUGGCUUUUUUCAUGAUGGUCGCAGGAACCACAGACACAUGACCAUCGUCUAGAGACUAGAUCUGACUAGAUGUUGGACUUCACAGACAGCAGGUGUUCUGUCUCUCUUGCACAUAAAAUGUUUUUUUUAAGUUUAAUUACAGAAGAAAGAGAGCCUGAAGGACUUCAUAUCAGCACUUGAGGUGAUCUGUUUCACCUCCACAGGAUUAUUUAUUAGAACACAGAAGGAUUUUCUUGGUGAUCUCAGACUUUUGGACCCCACUGAACACUGUGGAUAAUCGCCAUCGGAGCGUGUUUCAGGGCUUUAACAGAUAAAGGGGUUGGUUAAGAUCUGCCAGAAAUCACUUGUCUGUUUACUUAAAUAAACCAAUAUGACAGAAAUGUUGAUUAAUUUUAAAGUCCUUGCAUGUGUAUAAUGCAUUCAUCAGAUGCUUGCAUUUCCACAGCAGGUUUGUUUGAAUCUUCCCGUUUUCUCCAGAAUCAUAAAAUCAUCAGCAUAUGGCACCACACACCCCGUGAGAGUUUUGCUUCCUGUUUUUAUAGCUACUUACAAUUAAACCAAAGAUUUUACAUCAGAAGUGUUUAGAGAAGAUCAUCUUGUGUGACACAUCAUGCUUCACAGAGUUAAACAAUUCAUCUAAACCUCUGGUUUUUAACUCCCCACAGAGGAGAACUACUUAAACUCUAAAAUUACAUCAUACAGUGACAUGUCAUGAAAUGGCCUGGAACUAUGUGAUCCUUAUUAAUGCAUCAAUCAGUCACUUAAUCAAUAUCAAAAUUAUAAAGACCUUGUGUGUAGUUUUCUCUUAUCUGCGUUUCACGCAUUUUAACAGCACUAAAAUCCAUAAAAUGGAUAAGAAGUUUGAAAAAAUGUUUUUAAAACUGUUAUUAAUGUAUAGCAAAAUUGAUUAAAUGUUUUAUGAUUUUUUUUUUUUUUUUUUUUUUUUUAAGCAUGAACCUCACUUUUUAUGCUUAAAACAAGAAAAAUAUGCCAGUGAGAUAUGAAGAAUGUAUUAUACUUAAAUCUAAAUUAAUUCAAAAUAAAUUAUAUUUUGCU